UGCCCUCACUAACACACUCUUCAAGGACUCGACGCGGCACAGACUCGCGAUGAGUGUUCCGGUGACAUGUCAUCUCGCAUCGCCGAAUGACACAUACACUCCAUCGAUACAAAGCAAGCCGCAGCAUGCCCCGAUGCUGCAAUGGCAAAUUCGUCGGUGGAUUCCUUUAGACCAGUGGAGAACAUGGCAUUCUGUCAUGAAUUGCAUUUGCGAAGCACCUUUCAGACAAAAGAGGCUCCCUUCACUCUUCGUCCACCCUCUUGGUCACAAGGCGGCUAUCUCAAUUCGGGGGAUCUACGUCUACAGCAGUCCUCCUCCUCAGUCAUGCUACAUGACCGUAUCCUCAGAUAUCUUUCGUCGAUCAUGCCGGCAAGCGAUGUAUCGCCCAAGAUAUUCCACGCGCAUUGUGCAUUGCCUCUGCAUCAGAACAGGAUAACUGCCUCUCUCAUGCCGCUAAAAAGGACUACGACAACUUUCAAACUGGAAACCACACUUUCAGAAGCUUCACGGAGUUACAGGAUCUCAUCGGCCACCUACCAGAACUCUCGACGCUCCAUCUUUGCAACUCCAGCAUAGAACAUGCACAGAACAUGACGAACUGGAAUUACCAUGCUCAGGACCCAAAAGUCGCUGUGUUGAAUUUAGAUGGUUGUUAUCCGUCAUUGUCCUCUCCUCUCAUUAUGUGGCUCCUAGCAACAUUGACGCGUCAAUCACUUCGAACGCUCCUCUUGCGGGGGGACAUCCAUUUCUCUGUUCUUGCGAAGGGUUUCAUCGUGCUGUCUUGCAGAU